AUGCUGCGGGUCAAGGACCCCAAGCGAUCAUUGGAGUACUACAAGUUUCUCGGCCUGACCGAAAUCUACAAACUUGACUUCCCCGAAUGGAAGUUCUGCAACUACUUCCUCGCCUACGCCGGCCCCGCCUCGCUCCAGGGAGGGGACCGCCACUUCACCGAUCGCAAUGCUGUGCUGGAACUUUGCCACAACUACGGCACCGAAGAUGAUCCUAACUACAGUGUGGCCAAUGGCAACACCGACCCCUACCGCGGUUUUGGCCACAUCGCCAUCUCCGUGGACAACAUCGAGGCCGCUUGCAAGCGCAUCGAGGACGCCGGGUACUCCUUCCAGAAGAAGCUGACCGAAGGUCGGAUGCGACACAUUGCCUUUGCCAAGGAUCCCGAUGGGUACUGGGUUGAGAUCAUCCGCCGCGCCGACGAGGAUCUGUCCACCACCACCGACCCGGGCUCCUAUCGUCUCAACCACACCAUGCUGCGUGUCAAGGAUGCCGAGACCAGCCUCAAGUUCUACCAGGAGUCGAUGGGCAUGACGCUCGUCCGAACCGUCGAGAACCCCGACGCCAAGUUCAACCUGUACUUCCUCGGAUACCCCAACUCGAACCCCAAGAUCCAAGAGGGUGCGAAGAACGGCGUCGCCGAGUGGGAGGGCCUCCUGGAGCUGACUUGGAACUACGGUACGGAGAAGCAGGAGGGCCCCGUCUACCACAACGGUAACACGGAGCCGCAAGGAUUCGGCCAUAUCUGUAUCACGGUCGAUGAUCUUCAGGCGUCGUGCGACCGCUUCGACUCUCUGAACGUCCCAUUUAAGAAGCGUCUGACCGAUGGUCGCAUGAACAACAUUGCUUUCGUCUUGGAUCCCGAUGGGUACUGGAUCGAGGUGAUCCAGAAUGAGCGGAUCAAGCGCACCUCCAACUGGUAG